GCAGUGGGUUAUACCACUGUCUUAGAGGUUGCAGGGGGAAUUUUGGGAAGGCCUGGCUCGCCCGCCUCCCAGUAGGCAGCUCCCAGCUCGGGCGGAGAGGGCGCGCAGUGGCGCUGGGUUGUGGCGCCCGGCCAGCAUGUGGGGCAGCGGCAACCCCGGCGGAGGGGGAGCUGGAGCCGCUGCGGUGACGGUCGUCUUGAGCAGGACCCGGGACUGCUUCCUGCACUUGCCUCCCGUGCUAGCCUCUCACCUCCGCCUGCAGCAGGGCCAAGCUGUGAAAGUGUCCUAUGGUCAUCAGCCUGUAUUUUUGAGCUGGAUGGAAAUCAGGCAUCGAGGUCACCAGGGUCAAAAUAUUGCGGAGAUUAACAGACUGUUAGCAGAGAAACUUGGCAUUACAGAUGGAGAACAGGUAUUUAUUGAACCCUGUUCCCAUGUCUCCUCCUGCCAGCAAGUAGAAGUGGAACCUCUCUCUGCAGAUGAUUGGGAAAUUCUGGAGCUGCACGCUUCCUCUCUUGAAAAACAUUUUCUUGACCAGAUUCGAAUAGUAUUUCCAAAAGCAGUCUUUCCUGUAUGGGUUGAACAGCACACUCACGUUUACAUUAAAAUUGGUACACUUAUGCCAGCAGCCCCCUAUGGGAGAUUAGAACCGUGUACAGAGCUUCUGGUAUGUCCCAAACCACAUGAACCUGAGGAAAACAUCACCAGCACGCCUUCCAAGGAAAGUGACCACUUGCUCAGAAGUUUUGUGAAAAAUAACAUGGAACAAGAAGAAGCACUAAAGGAUCCUUUUGGCAAACAACCUUACUUAAAGCAAGGAGUCCUUGAACAGAGUAAGGAUGAUGCAGACACGACGGUUGUCUCAAAUGUCCUCCCAAAUAUAUGGAAUUUCCUAGGGAGCAUUUUCUCUCAUACAUCUGAGCAGAAACAAAAGACUUUGUGUGAUAAAGAUGAAACAAGCACUUUCAAAGACAAGCUGCUGAACAAAAUUCACAUGGAUUCCAUAUUUAGAGUAUGUCAGUCCCAACCACCAAGCGUACAGAAUGCAUCUGCCACUUAUCCGUUUCUGAAAUGCAAUGCUAUUCAUAUUUUUCCAUGGAAUUUAGAAUUUAUUGAUUUGGAUCCAAAUCCUGUAGUAUCUUACGGGAAAAUUAAUGAGCUGCUUUCCCCAAGACGGCGUCAUCAAGAAGCAAAGCAAAAUCUGCCAUUCGAAAAGCAAAAGGAUUUGACUAGUACGCAAGACAAAAGUCAUUCUGAUAGCAGUCAAGCAUCCAGUGAGGGAUCUGUUGUUCAAAUCGUUUGGAAUGGAUUUGAAGACCUAAAGAGUGUCAUAGAGUAUGGCCACAGUGGGGAAGCCCUGCAUGUUGGAAGAGUUUGGAUUCCAGAUGGUCUGAGAAAAAAACUACGUAUCGAAAUACAUUCAACAGUCCAAAUUAAGUCGAUUGAAUCUAUUCCUAAAAUCCCUGUUUCUCUUACACUGCGGCCUAAAGAGAACUUGCAUGCAGAUAUACAUGAAGAUGAUAUUAAAUCUGCUUUCAGUUCUUGGCUGCAGGAUUCCACUACUGAUGAUCACCCAUGGAUAAUGACAAGUACAGACUGUAUACAUCUGCCUGUUAAAGAAGGAAUGGAGGAGUUUGUGCUUAGUGUAGUGCAUCCUGUGCACAUGGAAGAAAAUAAAUCUGAGAAUAUCUUUAUACUGAGUCCCAGUUUGCUGCAAAAGACUAAUAUACAAAUUCUUUUACAUCCUGUGACAAGAAAAGAUGAUGGUGAUAGCCAGCCACCUGUAUGUGAUACAGACAAGGACCUUCCCUACCACAAACUAAAUGAUUUAGGAGGAGUGGACAAAUUAGGAGCAUCUUCAUUUGAACACAUAAGCCACAGUCUUCUGGGGCGUCCUUUAUCUCAAAAGUUGGCUGCUAUUGCUGUGGGACUGCGAAGUGGAGGGGUGCUUCUCACAGGAGGAAAGGGAAGUGGAAAGUCAACAUUAGCAAAGGCCAUCUGCAAAGAGGCAUUCGAUAGACUGGAUGCUCAUGUAGAAGUAAUUGAUUGUAAAGCUUUAAGAGGAAAAAGAUUAGCAAACAUAAGGAAAAAUGUGGAAGAAGCUUUUUUAGAGGCAGCAUGGAGACAACCAUCCAUUCUUUUGAUGGAUGAUCUUGAUCACAUUGUUGGAGUACCUUCUACACCAGAACAUGAGAACAGCCCUGAAACUGUUCAAAGCAAUAGACUUGCUUAUGUUUUGAAAGAUCUGAUAAAGGAAGUUAUUUCCAUGGGGAGCUUGAUUGCAUUAAUUGCCACGAGUCAGUCUGAACAUUCCCUACAUCCUUCCCUGGUUUCAGCUCAAGGAACUCAUAUAUUUCAGUGCUUCGGAUGUAUCCAAUCUCCAGAUCAGAAGCAAAGAUGUGAAAUGCUGUGUUCCAUAAUAAAAAGAAGACUGAAUUAUGAUAUAAGCAAGUUCUCUGAUCUUGACCUCCAGUGUAUUGCAAAGGAAACAAAAGGUUUUGUUGCUAGAGAUUUUAUAAUGCUGGUUGAUCGUGCCAUUCAUGCCUGUGUUUCCAGCCAGAAUGCAUUUCAAAAUGAUGAGCUGAAUUUGUCAACUGUGGAUUUCCAGAAAGCUCUAAAAGAUUUUACUCCAUUAGCUCUGAGAAAUGUUAACCUUCAUAAACCUAAAGACAUAGGAUGGGAGAGGAUUGGUGGCUUAAAAGAUGUGAAACAAAUACUCAAGGAUACCAUCAUGUUACCUGCAAAGUAUCCCGAAUUAUUUGCAAACUUGCCCAUACGACAGAGAUCAGGAGUCUUGCUCUAUGGAGCACCUGGAACAGGAAAAACACUGUUAGCAGGAGUAGUUGCUCGAGAGAGUGGCAUGAAUUUCAUCAGCAUCAAGGGACCAGAGCUGCUCAGCAAAUACAUUGGAGCAAGCGAGCAAGCAGUUCGAGAUAUCUUUGACAGAGCUCAGGCAGCUAAGCCUUGUAUUGUUUUCUUCGAUGAGUUUGAUUCUAUAGCUCCUCGCCGAGGACAUGACAACACAGGAGUCACUGACAGAGUGGUUAACCAACUGCUGACUCAGCUAGAUGGCGUAGAAGGAUUACAAGGGGUUUAUGUGCUAGCUGCUACUAGUCGCCCAGAUUUGAUUGACCCUGCUUUGUUAAGGCCAGGUCGACUGGAUAAGUGCCUGUACUGUCCACCUCCUGAUCAGAAUUCACGCUAUGAAAUCUUAAAAGCUCUCAGUCAUUCCCUGUCCUUGGCAAAUGAUGUGGACUUUCAGGAUUUGGCAGCAAAAACAGAAUGGUUCACAGGGGCUGACCUAAAAGCUUUAUUGUACAAUGCCCAAUUAGAGGCAAUCCAUACUAAUUUAGGUUCAGGUUCAACACAGGAUUUUGUUUCUAGUUCUGACAGUGACUUCAGUCUCUCUUCCAUGGUUUUUCUAAACCACAGCUGUGGCUCAGAUGAUUCAGCAGUAGAUGGAGAAGUAGGAUUAGAGCAUUCUCUUAUUUCUUUAGACACGUCUGAUUUGCUUCCUGAAGAUCCAAGGUCCAACGUGUAUCGUCUUUAUUUUGGAAGCUCUUAUGAAUCAGAGCUGGGAAAUGGAACUCCUUCAGAACUGAGCUCUUUGUGUUUGUCUGGACCAAACUCCAUAACUCAUGAUUUUACCAGCAUGACUCAUAGAGAUGCAGCAUCAUCACAACCCUCAAUGCUUAGAACAGCCUCUCAAGAAGACUCCUUGGAACAUAACCAGGAGCAGCAAAUAGAGCACCUGAGGACAGAAGUCAAUGCUAUCAAAGCCAACAACAGAAGCAAGAACGGAGAGGACAGCACCCUGAAUCAGUCAGUGCUGGCCAAGAACACUUUAAUUAUUACCCAGUCCCAUCUGAUGACUGCACUUGAGGGUACAAGACCAUCCAUUAGCCAAGAUGACUGGAAGAACUUUACUGAACUGUAUGAUAAUUUUCAGAAUCCCAAAAAGAGGAGAGGACAAGUUGGCUCAACUUUCCGACCAGGACAAAAGAUGACUCUAGCAUAGUAACUUGUAUUUGCUGUAAAUGCUAAACUGUAACUGGAAAUGACAAAUGUGAAUUAAAUCAGAUUGUUUAUAUUCAAAUGGAUUUAUUAAUGCAGCACUUGAAGAUAAGUUUCUUUUAAACUUACAUGCUGUAGAAUUACGUCACAUUUUAUUUUGAUUGUCUUCAGAUUGAUAUUAAAUUUUUGAGAGAA